AAUGGCUGUAGACAAACAGUUAUGAAGAUCUGCGGUUCUACAAGAAAAUAAUAUGUCGCAAUUGACAAAUUAACGAAGAAGCCUCCAAAACAACUGGGGAUACAGGACAAUUACCCACACACCUCCAGGCUGUGUAAGGGCUAUUUGACCAAGAAGGAGAGUGAUGGAGUGCUGCAUCAGAUGACCUGGCCUCCACAGUCACCAGACCUCAACCCAAUUGAGAUGGUUUGGGAUGAGUUGGACCACAGAGUUAAGGAAAAGCAGCCAACAAGUGCUCCGCAUAUGUGGGAACUCCUUCAAGACUGUUGGAAAAGCAUUCCAGGGGCCCGUGGAGAGGUUCAGGGAGAGGAGCAGACCUCUGGCACCGACCCUGGAAGAGAGGAGGGACCACCUCAUAGAGAGAAGGGGCCACAAGACCUCUGCCUUGGGACAGAGCCAUGACCAGUCUGGAGCCAGACAGAAGACUGGACUCCACACUCUGACUGAAACCUUCAAGCACAAACACAACCAUGCUUACAUGACCCAUUGACCGCUGGGCCUUAUCCAUCCACCAUCCAUCUGAUCCAUCCGGCCUCCUCAGCACAUUCCAUUCCACGCGGAUGGAUACGUCAAGUGAACCGGUCCGACUAGAGCACUGCCAUGGCCCUACCGUAACCCUGGCGACCUGGCUGUUAACGUAAACACCAGGCCUGACCUUUCACCUCUCGGCCUUACCUACUUAUCUGGGUAACCCUGGGAAGGUCUGGCCCAGUCGACAUAGCCACGGUUUCCUGGAAUUUCCGUCUCGCUUUCUGUUUAUCUGUCUGUCUCUCUCACUCUCUAUAUAUUCGUCUACUGCCAGGGAAGCCCUGUCCAUCUGUCCUCAGCCCAUCCCUGACCCCUGAACCCUGGUAGAUUUUGAAGCCUUGCACUAGAUUAAGUGUCUCCGUUUGUGACCUCAUGUUCCCCUUGAGACUUGGGUAGCGACGUCUCUACGGGGAAAGACGAGGAAUAUGAUGAUGCUGAUGUAGAAAGCUUGUUAAAUACAAAAGUAGUAUAUUGAAGUUAAUUCAUACAGUAUAAACACAUUAUCAGAUAAAACACAUUUGCCAGCAAUCCAUUUAUUUGUAUGUCAAGAGUCAUACUCAUGUUGCUAACCUGCCCUGUAUGAACAUUGUUCUCAUCCUUGUAUGUGUGCUCACGUAAUCAAAAUGCCCUCCAAAGGAAUGACAACCGCAGAAACAACAACCACGAAGCUGUCAUAUGAGCCCAUGUUGGGAGGAGCAGUCAGAAAUCUGUGGGGUGGGAUUCAUGUUGGUAUAACUCCUCCUGCUUUCUCGCUCCAGUUAACCCCACCAGCUUGCCUCUGGGCCGACCCGUGUUUGUCUGCUGCUGCUCAAUGCUGUGCUCAUGUCAUUAUCAUCCGACGCAGGUGUGCAGGGGAGACCCACCUAAUGCACUACUAUAUCACCACCCCCUAAUUCACAAUACACUACCCCCUGAUUCACAAUACACUACCCCCAAUUCACCACUACACCACCAUACUAAUACCCCCUACCAUGAACUGAGAGAGCGGACGAUUUGUUACAGGGAUUUACUGCCUAUUCACUGUCUUUCUCUCUCUCACCCUCUGUUUUUCUCUACAUUUUUCCAUUUCUUUCUUGCUUGCUCUCUUUCUUUCUCAUCAUCUGCGUAGCAAUAAUGUAAUUGACACUGGGGACCUCAACAGUGAGGCCCCUCCCCCCAGGGCAGGUCGACAUGUGGCUAAUGGGGGGAGGAGGGAGGGUUUUUGGCAUCCUCAUUCUGCAGAUAGGGACGCACACUGAGGAGAAUCCCUAUACGAGAGAGAGAGAGAGAGAGAGAGAGGGGCCUGAAGAAAGGCAGAAGAGGAGAAGAAAUUAGGUAGUUAUUGAGGGGGGGGUGAGGAACAGGGUGCAAAGCAAGACAUGGAAGGUAGAGAGGAGAGAUGGAAGGAGGCAGUUCUUGUAUUUAGAUUUGAAUCUUGAAUUUGUGGUUUAAACAUACACUGACUGGACAACAGGAUGUAGCUAGCCUGAGGCUAUAGUCUUCAUCAACACCACUCCAGUCCUCCUGUCUGUCUGUACCACCAGUGCACUUCCUGUGGCAGCCCUGGGCCUGGUCUGGAAGGUCAUCUGAUGGGUUUUCUUAAAGCAGCACACUAGGGCUGCGUCUCAAAUGGCACCCUAUUCCUUAUAUAGUGCACUACUUUUGACUAGGGUCCAUAGCACUGAGGUUCAAAAGAACUGACGACUGCGUCCAAGAUGUCCGACCGUUGUUUUCAACGUAAUCUACUUGCGUUUGCAUAUGCCGAUUUUCAUGCACCGUCUAUAUCCGGGUUGCAUCCGGUUUACACGGCCCGACUUCACUUGCGCACUAGCACUCUACUAAUUUUAUUCUCCCUCAUUCUCCAUUCCGUCGUUGUCUUUGGUUCGCAAGACUGAGUGAGAACAAUCUUUCCUGUGAGAAGUCAUCAGUCUGAUUCAAGCAGACAGCAGGCCCACACGCUGCCUGUGGUUGGUUGCUCGGCUUCGUCUCGGCAGCAUAGCUUUCAUAGUUCUAUAAGGAGUUUUCGGGAGGGAAGGUGUGAGGCCCCACUCUCCUUUCUGUGGGGGGUAGGCUUGGUGUCAACAGACAUCUUUGCUUUGUGCCAAACUGAGGGAGAGGGAAUGGGGGAGAGUAAAGGGGUGAGUCUAUCGUGCCCCCCUUUAUAAACUCCCUCCCUUUUAUUCCCUCCUUUUCUCUUGGGGUUCAACUGUAAACUCAGAGUUGAUGGGAGGAAGGUUAGCCUGCCACUGUCAAAAUCACUCUCACACGAACACACACACACACACACACACCAUUUGAACCCCCUUCAUGUCCUGGGAGCAUCCUUGAUAUCCCACCUCACUACUCUACUGAACGCCUGGCCAAACAGCCAAACUCACAGUUGAAUUGGAAUCGACUAUCCAAACAGAGGGGGAAUAUUUUCAGUUGCAUGGAGUUAAGAUGCUGUGUGGACACUGUAUACAUAUUCUGCUCUCACUCAGAAAUACUUCCAGGUGUUGAACAAUGAGUCUUUGACUCUUUUUUUUUUUCUUGUUUCCCUCUUUUGAAAUGAAAGCAACCUUUUGGUUCAGCCCAUGUCCUUUGAAAGUCGAUAGAAUGGUUGGGUGUAGGUUACGUGGGAGAAAUGAUACUGUGAAAUGUUUCCCAUUUUAUUUCAAUCUAGAGCCUGGUGGUUAUUCUGAAUGUGGCUGGUAUCUUGCACAGAACUUGGACACAUUAACCCACGACUGAGACAGGUCUUGGUCUAGACUUCCAUGCCAGGCCAGAUGAUGAAGAGCCUCCAGUUCAGAAGCAUCGCCCCCAAGGCCCCAGCAGCGGUGGUUCCCUCUCCAGCCGCCAUCCUGUCCUGCCAGCACCCCUCCGCCCUCCCGGAGGCAGCCUCCACAGCCGUCAGCCCCAAGUCUAUCCUGGUCCCGGCCCAGAACUAUGCCCUGAUGCAGGUGGCAGGGCAGGAGGGUACCUUCUCUCUGGUGGCCCUGCCGCCCUCCGUAUCCCCUCAGUCGCCGCAGCAACAACAGCAGCAGCAACAGCCAAUCCAGAAGAACCUGAAGCUGCCCAUCCCCAGGUACCAGCCAAUGAGGACCAAGAACACCCAGGAGAAGGUCAAAUCAGCCACGCCCACCGCCGGUGGCAGCGCCAGGGGGGUGAGGACACCCACCAAGGUUGCAUUGACAACCCGGGACCAUCGGUCAAUAGCAGCCAUAAAGAAGAAGUUGUCAUUGGCUGAGCCCAAGGAGGAGCCAUCAGAACAGGUCAUACUGAUCGACGACUCAGCCUCCUCUGAGCUCUCCGCCCUCACAGCCCUGCUCCCAGACAACGCCAUGCUCUACAAUGGCUCUCCGCUGGAGCGAAUAGCAGUGGUGGACACCACCCCCGACCACCGGUCCACUCCUGCCCACGCUCCCGGCCCUGUCACCAGCAUGCUGCAGAACCUCCACUACCCAUCUGGUGGCAUUACUAAAAGUUCCCCGGUCGAACCAUCACAGGAUGAGAGCAGCGGUAAGGUUGCUAUCAGGCCGUGCCAACCCAAGCCUGUAGCCCAACAGCCCCAUCCACAGCCAGCUAGUAGCAGCAUCACUGUCCUCUCUCCAGCCAUCUUCAGCAAAGCUGUCCAGAUCAUCCCAUCCCCACCCAACGGCAAGCUGCCCAUCCUGCCCUACUCCAUGAUGAAAAGCACCCUCAUACCCGCCUCCAAACUCAACCUCAAUGCCAUGUCCCCCAAGAAGGCUUUCCCUAGCCAGCCUGACCUCUCCCCUUAUUCCUCUGAUCCCCAGUCCAAGACCCCGGAGACUGCUGAGGCCCUAUGUCAGAACCACAUGCCAAACUCCCUGCUGCAGAGCCAGCCUCAGGCCAAGACCACAGGCGCCCUAUCGCUGCUGGGAACGCUACAGAUCCAGAAACCAUCAGGCAAGAAGAGGGGGAGGAAGAGGAAGACAAUGGAGGACAUUCUGGCCUUUGAGGCGAGGAAGAAGAGGUCCUUGUCAUUCUUUCGGAGGAGGGUGCCAGAGAAGCCUUCUGUCUCAGCUGUCAUCUCCUCCCCGCUGUCUAAACAGCAGAGGGAGGUGGACAUCUCUAAGAAGUACCGCAGCAUCAGACCCAAGCCUCACCACAUGCUGCUGAUGGAGACUGUACCCCAGCUGGUCAGCCUGCCCUCCUUCACCUCCUCUGACAGCCUGGAUUCAGAGCUCCUCGUGGGGCAUCAGCUCUCUGCCGAGGUCCUGGAGCCCGGUCCUCCCCAGCCCCAGCCAGCCUCUACCCCGCUAUACCUGAAAGGGGGCCCUUCUCAUAGGGUCUACCUGGGCAGUAGCCAGCCCCUCCACCGCUGCCCCACCUGCAGCCGCUGCUUCCAGUUCAAACACCACCUCCAGAGCCAUAUGAACAGCCACACCAACAGCAGGCCUUACCUGUGUCCUGUGUGUCGUAAGGCCUAUGCUCACUCUGGCUCCCUCAGCACCCACAUGAAGCUGCAUCACUCUGACGGGAGACCGCGGCGGACGCUUCGCUGUGACUUCUGUGAGAAGGCGUUUGGCUACGUGGGUGUGUACUUCGGCCAUUUGAGGGAGGUGCAUAAGGUGAUCCUGACCGUGGAGCCGUCCGUCAGCCAGCAUGAAGACGACGUGCCUGUGGAGGGGGCCAUGUCUUCAGACCUGGGGGACGAGCAGGGCCAGGAGGAGCGCGAGGACCCAGUGGAGCUCCAGAUCAAGUGUAGCCGCUGUCAGGCCAUCACCCCCACCUUCGCCGACAUGAAGCUACACCUGCUCUAUGUGCAUGGGGAGGAGGUCCAGGUGCGCCUGCGGGACGGCUGGGGGGGUGGGAAGGUCACUGCGGGGGGCCGGGAGGCAGAGGAUGAGCUGGUGAAACACGCCGCCCACUACUGGCGCCAGCUCAAUGAGAAGAGGAACCUAGUCCGGUGUGGGAGCUGUGAUGAAGAGUUCUUCUCCUUCUCCAAGCUGAAGCGUCAUAUCCUCUCCCACCACCAGGGGGGACCGGAGGAUGAUGGAGAGGGGGAGCCGACCGGCCCCUCAGCCUGGGGAGGGAGAGGGGUCCUGAGGCAGGGAUUGGUGUUUAACUGUUUGCUGUGCAGCCAGGUCCUGGACAGUAAAGAGGAGGUGAUGGAGCACUGGAGAGGCCACCACCACUGUGAGGAGACCCAGGUACUCUGGGAGGCCCUCGGCUCCUACUCGGGGGAAAGGGAGAUAGACUCGCCCGACCACAGCACAUGUUAACAUGGCACUGGACACGUUCUAGGUCGUCUCUGUUGCAGUCACGCUGCACAUCUCAGAAUAUUGACUUUACUUAUUCCUUCUAGCCUCGAAGGAAGCAAAUUGCCAGAACAGUGCAUUUUAAAAGAUUGAUAUAUCAUAUCAACGUGGUUUCUGAGAUGUAAAAAAAAACAAUUCUCCAGGCAUUGUGAGAUCUUAUAAUCGGGGCAGGCUGACUACAAUAGAUAUAACCUCGAACGUACCUACUAUUUGUGUCUGUCUGAGCCGAUCAUGCGCUGUGUGCUGCUCUCAAACACACCCAGUUAGUCCCUAUGCACACUAUCCAGCCGACCCCAACCAUGCAGUACAUUUCCAGCUACUAUGGUGGCUGGGUAACCACUAACCAGGCAAGUUCAGCUCACCUCAGUAUGGUGAAAGGGUAUUAGUCCAUACAGAGGUCAGUUAUCGCACAGUUUAGUUUGUUAGAGAAUCCACUUGAUACAUUACAAAUGAUUAUUUUGGUAUUUUGUGGACUGCACUGUGUUUUGUGUUUUUGUGUUUAUUUUUUUCUAUGUUUUAAUAGGAUUGGGUUGUUUUGUAUUGAAUAUGUACAGUAUAUACAGUACCAGUAAAACGUUUAGACACACCUACUCAUUCAAGGGUUGUUCUUUAUUUUGACUAUUUUCUACAUUGUAGAAUAAUAGUGAAUACAUCAAAACUAUGAAAUAACACAUGGAAUAAUGUAGUAACCAAAAAAGUGUUAAACAAAUCAAAAUAUGUUUUAGAUUCUUUAAAGUAGCUACCCUUUGCCUUGAUGACAGCUUUGCACUCACAACCAGCUUCAUGAGGAAUGCUUUUCCAACCUUCUUGAAGGAGUUCCCACAUGCUGAGCACUUGUUGGCUGCUUUUACUUCACUCUGCAGUCCAACUCAUCCCAAACCAUCUCAAUUUGGUUUAAGUCGGGUGAUUGUGGAGGCCAGGUCAUCUGACACAGCACUCCAUCACUCUCCUUGGUAAAAUAGCCCUUACACAGCCUGAAGGUCUGUUGGGUCAUUGUCCUGUUGAAAAACAGAUUAUAGUCACACUAAGCCCAAACCAGAUGGGAUGGUGUAUCGCUGUAGUGGCAAUGCUGGUUAAGUGUGCCUUGAAUUCUAAAUAAAUCAGACAGUGUCACCAGCAAAGCACCCCCACACCACCUCCUCCAUGCUUCACGGUGGGAACCACACAUUCGGAGAUCAUCCGUUCACCUACUCUGCGUCUCACAAAGACAUGGCGGUUGGAACCAACAAUCUAAAAUCUGGACUUAUCAGAUUUCCACCGGUCUAAUGUCCAUUGCUCUGUUUUUCUUGGCCCAUGCAAGUCUCUUCUUAUUGGUGUCCUUUAGUAGUGGUUUCUUUGCAGCAAUUCGACCAUGAAGGCCUGAUUCACGCAGUCUCUUCUGAACAGUUGAUGUUGAGAUGUGUCUGUUACUUGAACUCAACCAUUUAUUUGGGCUGCAAUCCGAGGUGCAGUUAACUGUAAUGACCUUAUCCUCUGCAGCAGAGGUAACUCUGGGUCUUCCUUUCCUGUGGCGGUCCUCAAGAGAGCCAAUUUCAUCAUAGUGCUUGAUGGUUUUGCGACUACACUUGAAGAAACUUUCAAAAUUCUUGAAAUUGUCCAAAUUGUCUGGCCUUCAUGUCUUGAUGAACUGUCAUUGCUCUUGGCUUAUUUGAGGUGUUCUUGCCAUAAUAUGGACUUGGUCUUUUACCAAAUAGGGCAAUCUGCUGUAUACCACCCCUACCUUGUCACAACACAACUGAUUGGCUCAAACGCAUUAAGAAGGAAAGAUAUUCCACGUGACUACCUCCAUGAAGCUGGUUGAGAGAAUGCCAAGAGUGUGCAAAGCUGUCAAAGGCAAAGAGUGGCUACUUUGAAGAAUAUCAAAUUAGUUAGUUUAACACUUUUUUUUGGUUACUACAUGAUUCCAUGUGUUAUUUAAUAGUUUUGAUGUCUUCACUAUUAUUUCUACAAUGUAGAAAAUAGUCAAAAUAAAGAACAACCCUAGUAGGUGUGUUCACACUUGACUGAGCGUGUGUGUGUGUGUGUGUGUGUGUGUGUGUGUGUGUGUAUAGAUAUCUGUUUGUUAAAACUAUGUAAAUAAACAUAAUACUGGUAGAAACACAGGCAUAUUGUACCUAAAAUCGAUUGGCCUUGAAAACAGUCAUCCCAUCUAUGGUAAAUGAUUGACUGAAGUCUAAAGUCUGGGUUGUGGCUUUAGGGACAAAACUUUCCAAUUCAACCGUGUGUUACAGUAGCAGGAUCCUCUCUAGCUAUUUUGACCUAAAGAGGAUAACCUUCUCAGUACACCAACACCUGAUUGAAACGUCUGAGGCCUUCUGAAAAAUUCUAGUCUCGAGAUCGACCCAUACAUCUGGCUCAUAACCAACAUCGACAUUUAAACAGAUUAUAUAUUAUUAUAUACACUGAGUGUACAAACAUUAAGGACGCCUUCUUAACAUUGAGUUGCAUCCCCUUUUGCCCUCAGAACAGCCUUGAUUCGUUGGGACAUGGACUACAAGGUGUCGAAAGCGUUCCACAGGGAUGCUGGCUCAUGUUGACUCCAAUGCUUCCCAAAGUUGUCAAGUUGGCUGGAUGUCCUUUGGGUGGUGGACCAUUCUUGAUACACACGGGAAACUGUUGAGCGUGGAAAAACCCAGCAGCUGUUCUGUUUGUGUACUCUGUGGUAACGGAAAAGGGUGAAUGAUAGGAUAACCACUGACGAAACUAGAUCUAUUUGUUACUAUUACAUUAUGAAGAAGUUAUGGAAGCAUUGAACGAAUGCUGCUAGCUAUUAUUCAGUAUAAACCUAUGGAAUUGGGGCACCUGAGGUCUGAUGUUAUAGAGACUGAAGUAUGCUUGCAUGCAUGUUUUAUGCCUAUUUGUGAUUGGAACCCCAGCAGAAAAGCCUGUUUUCUCUUCUGUUUGCUUCUUACAAAUGGGGAAUGUUCAGUGUUGUUUCCUGGUUGGGAUAGUGAAUUGUAAAGGGGUCGUAGAAGUGGUUUAAACAUUUGUCAGACUGUAACCUUUUCAUACAACAACAAAAAAAUCACAGGGUAAGUUAAGUGAAUGUACCUUGAAUGUUUCAAAACCCUACCAAAUUCUCUCUCUCUCUAUAUAUAUAUUAUA